AUGUUGGUCGAAGGGAUAAUUCUCUCAGCUUUCUUACAAGCUCUGUUCAAAGCUCUGUUCAAGUCGGUCAUGUCAUCCAUUUUCGAUGAAUUCUUCAGGGUCCGAGAAGGGAAGGAGAUGAAGGUGAUACUUGGGGAGCUGGAAACCAAACUUUUGACUAUAUGUGCAUGGCUUAGUUAUGCCCAUGAGGAACAAAUUACGAACCAGGCAGUGGAAGAUUGGGUCAACAAGCUGAAAGAUGCCGUUUACCAUGCAGAAGAUGUUCUCGAUGAUAUUUAUACAGAAGCUUCGCUCGGCAAAGAAACAAUCAGCUUGAAAAUUUUGCUAGAUAAGCUUACGAGUGUCAAGAUGAAGCUCGACUCUCUAGCCUCAGAGAUUGAAGUGUUCUCGCAACUGCCCACAACGCCAACACACACAAAAAGAUUGACUACAUCUCUAAUAGGAGAACAACGACCAAUUGGUAGACAAACAGAAAAGGCGGAAAUCUUGAAAUUGUUGACAAACGAUGACAAUAGCAAAAUAGAAGUGCUAGCCAUUGUGGGCAUUGGAGGGGUUGGCAAGACCACACUUGCACAGCUCCUGUACGAUGAGGAUCAUUUUCCAUUAAAAGCCUGGAUUCAUGUGUCAGAGAAGAUUGAUGUUUUUAGCCUUACCAAGAGAAUUUUUGAGGCAGUCACUCGAGGCACAUUUCCUUUUGAAGACCUAAAUCAACUCCACCUUAAACUGGAAGAAAGAUUGAAAAAGAAAAAGUUUCUGCUCGUUCUUGAUGAUAUGUGGAGUGAAUCUUUCGAGGACUGGAAUCUGCUAUGUCAACCCUUUGCAACUGCUGCUAAGGAGAGCCGAAUUAUUGCACUUGGUCCUCAGGAGCAUGAUCUAAAUCGAGAACUGGGAGAGCUUGCAGAACAAGUAGUGGGCAAGUGCCAAGGCCUGCCUUUGGCUGCGAAAGUAUUUGGCGGUUUGUUACGGUCUAGCCGAGAAGGUGAAUAUUGGAGGGGGAUCCUAAACAGUAAGAUCUGGACUCUUCCAACUGGUUCAAUCAACAUACUCCCUGUUUUACAGGUCAGCUAUCAUUACCUCCCCCUUCCCUUGAAAAGAUGUUUUGCCUACUGCUCCAUAUUUCCAAAAGGGUACGUCUUCGAAAAGGAAAGGGUAGUUCUUUUGUGGAUGUCGGAGGGACUCUUGCAUAAGGAUGAAGGAAACACAGAGAGGAUGGAAGCGGUUGGAGAUGAAUACUUUUCAGAACUAGUUUCAAGGUCUCUUUUCCAACGAGACAUUAUUGCUACAUCAAAGUUUACUAUGCAUGAUCUUAUCAACGAGUUGGCUCAAUUUGCAGCGGGAGAGUUCUGCUUCAAGUACGAGAAUCAAAUUCAAGGAAUGUCAGGAAAAACCAGGCACUUAUCCUAUUUACGUGACCAAUAUAGUGGUGAGGCUAUGAAGUUUGAGGUACUGCACGGGGUAAAGUCUCUGCGAACUUUUCUUCCUUUGAGCCUUAAAGAUUCUUCUCAAACCUGCUGCUUAAAUAAUAUGGUCAGAGAUAAGUUGCUUCGGGGUCUUACCUGCCUGCGUGUAUUGUCUUUGUCCCAUUAUAAAUUCACCCUGCUGCCCUCAGAUAUUUUCAAGAGAAUGAGGCACAUCCGGUACUUAGACCUCUCUAGAACUUAUCUCAAGACUCUUCCAACAUCGGUUGGUUUCCUGUACAAUCUCCAGACUCUUCUACUGUCUUACUGUCCCAAUCUGAUCCAACUGGAAGAAACAAUCUGCAAUCUUAUCAGCCUGACGUAUAUUGAUCUGACAGCAACGAAGUUGAACCAGAUGCCAAAAAGCUUUGGUAAACUGACGAGGCUCCAGACACUUACAACUUUCGUUGUUAGUGAUGGCAAAGGGGCGGCCAUUUCGGCACUUAAAGAUCUUACAAAGCUUCGCGGAAAACUUGCAAUCCUCGAGCUGCAUAGAGUUAAGGGAAUUAGCGAUGCAGAAGAAGCAGACUUGGAGGGCAAGACCCAUCUGAAAGAGAUAAACUUUACUUGGAGAACAUCAGAUCCUGUCAUGGGCAUUAUAUCAGGGACGCGUAAUGAAGAUGCCCUCUUUGACAUGUUACGCCCACAUAAUAAGAUAGAGAAACUCACCGUAGACAAAUAUUAUGGAAAUAGUUUCCCGCGGUGGAUGAGUGACCCUUCAUUCUCUAGCAUCGUAUAUUUAAGUCUCAGUGAAUGUCAAAGGUGUACGUCUUUGCCAUCUCUUGGUCGACUAGCAGGUCUCAAAGAGCUCCACAUUUCAAACAUGAGGGAUCUGGUAAGAAUAGGUCCAGAGUUUUACACAAGCAAUCCUAAAUCGCAGGGUCAAGAUCAGCAGCCGUUUUGGUCCCUUGAGAUGUUGACGUUUGAAGACAUGCCAAACUGGGCAGAGUGGGCAGAUGUAGAGGUCUACGGAGGAACGCUGUUCCCUAUGCUCCAGAAACUUUUCAUAGUAAGUUGUCCAAAACUGACCAGUGCUCCACCGGGCCUUUUCCCUUGUCUACUCUCUCUUCAUACUUUGUCUUUGUUCUGUUCCAUCAUCAUUUACCACCCAAGAGGAGGAGCUGUAGGAAGAAGAUUGUCAAGCCCUAACAAUGGUUUUGGUCUUGCAUCCAUACUCAACCAGACUCCAUUCCUUAUCCAAUCCACUUCUCAUUUCUCCUCUUCGUCCGGCGCCGCUGGCCGUGGCCGUGGCCGUGGUUCCGGAUUCCCCGCCGCUGGAAAGGGACAGUUCGGUAUCAAUAGUGAACCGGAAAUUGCUAAAGUGCCGGUGGCUCGCGGACGUGGCUCGUCGGAAUCGCAAUCCCCCGGAGGUUAUGGUCACGACCGUGGCCGUCCGAUCCAAUCUGAUCUGAAUCCUCCUCCGUUUACCGCCUUUGUCAGACCAGAUUCCACUAGCCUUGGACGUGGAAGAGGUUCCCUUGGAUCAGAUCCAGUUUCACCUUUCUCUCCUGCGCCUCCUCGCCAUCCAUCGCAGAUGCAGCAACCGCGUUUUCAACCGCCUCCCAGUGAUGACUCUCGACGUCCCCAAUUGAGCAGGGAAGAGCAACUGCAGCAACCAGCAGAGUCUAAGAACGUAUCCAAUGCUUUAGGAAGUGGAGAAGGACCUUUUGUGGAAGCCGCUCCACCGCAACAACAAGAAAACCGCGACAUUCGCCGCCCUCAGCCGCCACCGCAGCGGCAGAGGCGAGUUCAACCGCCCAAGGAUGAAACUCCUCGGCCCCAACUGAGUCCGGAGGAAGCUGGAAGAAGAGCUAGGAGCCAGCUUUCCCACGGUGAAGCUGAGGGAAGCGGUGGUGUAAGGGGAAGAGGAAGAGGGAGAGGCAGGGGAAGAGGGGGUGAAGCGUGGAGAGAUGAUAAGAAAGAAGAGGAAGCUGACAAGAGGCUUUGA